AUGGCGCUCACUUGUUCUCGUUUCCUGCGUUUCCUGCGCUCCAUCUUCAUCCCAACCACCACAAUCGUCGGGUUUUCUUGCCUUCUCACCUUCUUUUUCGUUCUCUAUCAACCGACACGUGGACCCGGAGACCUCCAACGCUUAGGCUGGCAGGCAUGGGACACAAUCUCGGCCUCUGCACCUUAUGCAGGCGUAGGAUCUACAGAUGCUGAGACAGGCUCAGCCACGCCUGCAGGCGACACGUCGCCGCCAGAGGGUUCUGCCGAUAGCGCAAGCUUGCCAUUGGAUGUCUGGAACCCCUUGUUGCCUCAUGAUACUGGCCUUUCUCAGAUUUCGGUGCAACGAUGCAUGGUCGACAUGCGCGUAGGUGACCUAUGUAGUCCUGCUUCCUCCAAAGAAGAAGAUGCUAUCAAAGGCAAAUGGGUUCGCGUCGCACCUGAUCUCAAUCUUCAAUCCGGAAUGUGGCAUCUGCACGUCUACUAUCGUCGAACACGGCGCCUCGACGUACCCCUAAUCACAGACUUACAACUGCUUCCAUCCACUGCAUCCCCUGCCAACCCUCCCUCAGACUCUUCCGUUUGGCACAAAGCUGAUCUGUCGAUUCGAGAUGGAGUCUAUCGUGCCGAGCCCCUGUUCUUAUGGUACCAGACUGGCAAGACACUGAGCGAUAUGACGGCUGAGGAAAAGUCGGAGCUUAUAACCGAGCUGGACGUACUUUACGGCGAUGGACAGCCCUGGUUUGGUUUCGAUAAGUUGGCGCCGCCCACCACGGAAGCUCAGCCAGGUCGGAGGGAAAACGUGUGGUUAACCUAUCGACGGGGUGUCAAGCCUGUCCCUCGCGCGUCUCCCCUGCACUUUUCGAGCGACGGACGCUUCAAAGUCAUGCAGGUUGCCGACCUCCACUUCUCGGUUUCCGCUGGCUCGUGCCGCGAUACCAAGCUCCCUUGUCCUUCUUCUUCUGAUGGCGGUGCCUUCAACAUGACUUCUACGCUGCUCGCGCGAGCUCUAGAUGCCGAAAGACCCGACCUCGUUGUCUUCACGGGUGACCAACUAAAUGGACAAGGAAGCUCUUGGGAUGCUAAGUCUGUGCUCGCGAAGUUCGCUCGCGUCGUAGCCGAGCGUCAAAUACCGUGGGCUGCGGUUUUUGGAAAUCAUGAUGACGAAGAUGCUCGGGAACGCGGCUUGAAGAAAGAACAAGUCAAGCUGAUGCAAGGGUUGCCAUACAGUCUCGUCGAAGCCGGGCCUGGGGAUGUCCACGGCGUCGGGAACUACGUUUUGAAAGUUUACAGUGCAGAUGCGAGUAAGACGCAGUUGUUGACGCUCUAUUUCAUGGACUCUGGGAGUUACUCUAAAGGAUUCGUCGAUUGGUUCGGGUUCUUCACACCCACGGAGUACGAUUGGAUUCACCAGGAUCAAAUCGAUUGGUUCCUCCAAGAAUCAGCAUCCAUAUCUGCCAUCGAGCGUCCGUUCACUCCUGACGGUUCGAAAGACCUCAGCGGCAUUUGGAGUCGCCAAGAUCAGUACACACCAGAGACACGCAAGCUAGCUAAACCCAAUGCAAUGAUGUUCUUCCAUAUCCCAUUACAAGAAGCAUACAGUAAGGCUGAUAUGGGCGCAAACGGCCGUCCACUCGACAUCGGGCUGCACGACCUUGAGAGGCCUGGAGCUGCGAAGACCAAUGGGGGGAUGUUCGAGAAGGGCCUCAUGAAGGCACUUGAGAGCGACCAUCAGAGCAGUAGAAUACCUGAAGUCAAAGUUGUUGGAAAUGGCCACUGCCAUGUAACGGAAAACUGCAAACGCAUACAAAAUGUCUGGAUGUGUUUCGGAGGCGGCAGUUCAUAUGCUGGCUACAGUAAAGUCGGAUUCGAUCGUCGGUUCCGGAUCUACGAUGUCUCGGACUAUGGCGAGACAAUCCGGACAUACAAACGUUUGGAGAACGACAGAAUUAUGGACGAGAUGAUUCUCGCAGGACGUGGUGCGCCUGCACCUUGGGAGGGCCGAUGAGACUGUAGACAGGCGUGAUUGGGGAUUCGACAGAUUGUAUCAGUAUCAUUUCGGCUAGUAAUCUUAUUCGAGCCACGGUCUUCUAAUGUU